AGCAGCAGCAGCAGCAGCAGCGGUAGCGGCGGCAGCUCGCGGGGAGACCCCGCGCUCCUCGCAACCCCUCCCCAGUGCGGUGCAUGGAGACGAGGCCCGCCGCUCGCCCCUGAGCCCGCCGCCCGGCCCGGGACCCGCGGGGGCUGGGGUGGCCUUGGGCUCCGGCCGGCCCCGCCGCCCGAGGGCUGCGCGCGGCCCGCGGGCCUCGUCGCCCGCGCGGAUCGCCGCGGCCCGGCCGUCCCGUCCCAGGAAGUGGCCGUCCUGACCGCCAUGGCUCACUCCCCGGUGCAGUCGGGCCUGCCCGGCAUGCAGAACCUGAAAGCAGAUCCAGAAGAGCUUUUUACCAAACUGGAGAAAAUCGGGAAGGGCUCUUUUGGCGAGGUGUUCAAGGGCAUUGACAAUCGGACUCAGAAAGUGGUCGCCAUAAAAAUCAUUGAUCUGGAAGAGGCUGAAGAUGAGAUAGAGGACAUUCAGCAGGAGAUCACAGUGCUGAGUCAGUGUGACAGUCCCUACGUAACCAAAUAUUAUGGAUCCUAUCUGAAGGACACUAAAUUAUGGAUAAUAAUGGAAUAUCUUGGUGGAGGCUCCGCGCUGGACCUGUUAGAACCUGGCCCUUUAGAUGAAACCCAGAUUGCUACUAUAUUAAGAGAAAUACUGAAAGGACUUGAUUAUUUGCAUUCGGAGAAGAAAAUUCAUAGAGAUAUUAAAGCUGCCAACGUCCUGCUCUCUGAACAUGGAGAGGUGAAGCUGGCGGAUUUUGGAGUGGCGGGCCAGCUGACAGACACCCAGAUAAAGAGAAACACCUUCGUGGGCACCCCUUUCUGGAUGGCGCCUGAAGUCAUCAAGCAGUCGGCCUACGACUCAAAGGCGGACGUCUGGUCCCUGGGCAUAACGGCGAUCGAGCUUGCCAAAGGGGAGCCUCCGCACUCCGAGCUGCACCCCAUGAAGGUUUUGUUCCUCAUUCCAAAGAACAACCCCCCGACGCUGGAAGGAAACUACAGCAAACCCCUCAAGGAGUUUGUGGAGGCCUGUUUGAACAAGGAGCCGAGCUUUAGACCCACCGCUAAGGAGCUACUGAAGCACAAGUUCAUAAUCCGCAAUGCAAAGAAAACAUCCUACUUGACGGAGCUCAUCGACAGGUACAAGAGGUGGAAGGCCGAACAGAGCCACGAAGACUCCAGCUCCGAAGACUCGGACACGGAAACGGACACAGAUGGCCAAGCAUCCGGAGGCAGCGACUCAGGGGACUGGAUCUUCACGAUCCGGGAGAAAGAUCCAAAGAGUCUUGAGAAUGGAGCUCUUCAGCCGUCGGAUUUAGAAAGAAAUAAGAUGAAAGACAUCCCAAAGAGGCCUUUCUCUCAGUGUUUAUCUACAAUUAUUUCUCCGCUGUUUGCAGAGUUGAAGGAGAAGAGCCAGGCGUGUGGAGGCAACCUGGGGUCCAUCGAGGAGCUGCGCGGGGCCAUCUACCUGGCGGAGGAGGCCUGCCCCGGCAUCUCGGACACCAUGGUGGCCCAGCUCGUGCAGCGGCUGCAGAGGGCUGAGUCUUUGCAGUCAGCGUGUGUUUCACACUUAAACGGCACAUCUCACUGUGAAGUCGGUGCUGGGAGCCACUGUGGCGAGUGUGACCAUACUCUCUAAGUGGUGGAGGAACUUCAUCCCACUGAAAUUCCUUUGGCAUUUGGGUUUUGUUUUUUUCCUUUUUUUCUUCUUCAUCCUCCUCCUUUUUAAAAGUCAACGAGAGCCUUUGCUGACUUCGCUGAAGAGGUGCACCAUCGCGGGGGGCCAUCCCCACCCCCCACAGCGAGGUCGCCUGUCCAGGGCCUGAUGAAGUCUCCAGAUGGGGUGGGGAGGGUCAGCUCCUGUGAGCGAGUAUUUUAUUUUAUUUUAUUAUUCUUGUUUUUAAUUCUAACCAUAGUGCACAUAUCAAGGAAAGUGUCUUUAGAAACAAAAAUAAACCCUGAAAUGUAUAUUUGGGAUUAUGAUAAGGUGACUGAAGAAAUGAAACCUCAGGUAUCCUGCUUUACGUUGAUAACUCCCCCUCCCUGGGAGACGGAGAAUCGCUCUGGUGGAUCAGUGUACAGAUUUGUAUAUAGUGUCAUUUUUAAGGAAACCCUUUUGGCGUGCAUAGCGAUCACUGUGUACACACUGGCCAAGUGCUUCUGUAGAUACUGUCAGUGGGGUAAAUAUUUGACAGGCCGUAACUUGAGUCUAUUGCCUUGCCUUUAUUACAUGUAAAUUUUGAAUUAUGUGACCAGUGAUUUGGGUUUUACUUUGUAUUUGCAGGGUUUGCCAUUAAUAAUAAUUAACGCCCCUCUUAUGGAACACUCCUAUAUUUGUACCUCAACAAAUGCAAAUUUUCCUCUUGUUUGCCCUACAACCCUUUUGGUACACUUAGAAGUUGAUUUCCUUUUUCAUCGAUGGUACUAUUUCUUAGUGUUUUAAAUUGGAACAUACCUUGCCUCAUGAAGCUUUAAAUUAUUAUUUUAAAUUUCUCCCCGAUGAAGUGUUCUCGUCUCACUGUCAUUCGUGCCCUGCCAGUCCUGCGCCAGCUGUACCGUCCUUCCAGUAGGGUUUUCUGUUGCACCUUGUGGUGAAAUCUGCGUAUCAUUUUUCCCACCUAAACAUGUCUGAAUGCUUACACAAAUAAAUUUUAUAACACAGA